AUGAGUGAGCUUUCCGAUACUUUCAGUGACAUGAGAGACGGAAUGGUGCCCCUCACCACCGUCUUCGCCCUCGUUGCCUUUGUACCUGCCUGCCUCGCAGCUGCUACAGGUGCUGAAAACCCUCUUGAGAAGCGAGCUUGCCGCCCAAGCAACUGUCUGUGCAAUGGAAUUCAAGGACAAUUCUGCGGUAACGAGCGGAUAAACCGUGCCUGCACCAACGGCCACGUUUUCGAGUGCGCUCGUGGCACCGGCAAGGCUUGCGACUAUGGUGUCAGAAACUCUUGCCGCCAGUGCGGAAAGCUCAAGUGCUAGAUUUCUACGGAGAGCGUUUUUAG